UUAUCUUAUUAUUAUCUUCAGGUGUUGCUGUGGGUAUUUCGGUCACUGUUGUUGUGUUGGUUGUAGCUGGAACACUUCUGGCGGUGUUUUGGAUGAAAAGAUCAAAAAGAUUUUGUUUCGAAACGAAAUCAGACUCUGCAGCCUCUCGUGGUCGGUCUGAUGGUGAACGGGAAUCGGACUACGACCAGAUCAAAGAGACCUCAAACUAUGAGUUUGAAUCUGUACCCAAAGGAAAUGUUCCCAACGCACGCAGAUACUUGACCCUCGACACCAGUACGAAUGGAACGGCAACCACAGCCCACGUGACCACAUACGAAGAUGAUUACAACGUGCUGAGUCAUAACAGUCCUCCCCACAGCCCGGUGAAGUCCAACGCCGACGCCUACAGCCAUAUCAAUGUAAAGAAGAAAGGUCAAAAACGAUGUGACGUCACAGAUGGAGAUUACGACACAGCAGGGUUAAACGUCAUGUCUGCAUGUGACCCAACCUACAGCCACAUUAAUGGUGAGGUAGAAGGUGAUUACAGCACUGCAGGUGGGGAUUCCAGAGUCGAACCUGUUGCCAGUGAUGACUACAGCCAUAUCGGAGAAGGAUAUGUGUAGUUUGACUUUACUGCUGUCAAUGAUGACUAUAGCCAUAUUGGAGAAGGAUAUGUGUAGUUUGACUUUACUGCUGUCAGUGAUGACUACAGCCAUAUUGGAGAAGGGUAUGUGUAGGUUGACUUUACUGCUGUUAGUGAUGACUACAGCCAUAUCGGAGAAGGAUAUGUGUAGUUUGACUUUACUGCUGUCAAUGAUGACUAUAGCCAUAUUGGAGUAGAAUAUAUGUAGUUUGACUUUACUGCUACCGAUAAUGACUAUAGCCAUAUCGGAGUAGGAUAUAUGUAGUUUGACUUUACUGUUGCCAGUGAUGACUAUAGCCAUAUCGGAGAAGGAUAUGUGUAGUUUGACUUUACUGCUACCAAUAAUGAUUAUAUUCAUCUGGGGAAGGAUGUGUAGCCUGACUUUACUGCUGUCAGUGAUGACUACAGUCAUCUCGGAGAAGGAUAUGUGUAGUUUGACUGUACUGCUGUCAAUGAUGACUAUAGCCAUAUCGGAAAAGGAUAUGUGUAAUUUGACUUUACUGCUGUCAAUGAUGACUAUAGUCAUCUCGAAGAAGGAUAUGUGUAGUUUGACUUUACUGUUAUCAAUGGUGACUACAGCCAUCUCAGAGAAGCAUAUGUGUAGUUUGACUUUACUGCUGUCAAUGAUGACUAUAGUCAUCUCGAAGAAGGAUAUGUGUAGUUUGACUUUACUGUUAUCAAUGGUGACUACAGCUAUCUCAGAGAAGGAUGUGUGUAGUUUGAAUUUACUGUUAUCAAUGGUGACUACAGCUAUCUCAGAGAAGGAUAUGUGUUUUUCGACUUUACUAUUACCAAUGAUGACUAUAGCUAGUUAAGACUUUACUGCUGCAUGUACCCUCCCUAACAAAGAACUACACUGAUGAACUCCCUCAACAAACGGAUCGGGACGUAGCCCAGUGGUCUAGGAUCGAUCCCGUCGGUGGACCCAUUGGGCUAUGUCUCGUUCCAGCCAGUGCACCACGACUGGUAUAUCAAAUGCUAUCAUGUGCU